AUGAACGGAAGAAAAGACGGCACGAGACGAUCGAUGCUUCUUCCAGCUGCACAGCCAGACCAUCCGACCUGCUUCAACCAGCACCGCGGAGUAAGGUCAACAGUCUUCGAAAUCAUGAAUCUCCUCAUCCUCUUCACCGUGCUCUCCUCCACCCUCUUCCACACCACUGCAUCCGCACAAUCAAGCCAAAAUGCCACAACCUUCGCCCUCCUCUACGGCUACCCCCUCCUCGCAUGGCAGAACUACUACGCCCCAAUCAUAAACGAAGUCGGAGCCAACACCUGGUACCACAACCGUAACCUCCAGACGGCCGCUGAUCGCGAGGUCGUCAAACCAAACGUCGACACACUGUACAGCAACUUGGUCUACGAUCUCCCCAUCCAAAACAUCGAAAUCACCAUCCCUGAUAUUCCGGCUGAUGAGUUCAAGCUUUUCAGCUUCUACGAUCCGUACGGCGUCAACUACGCCAACGUAGGGACGAGCGGCUUCUAUAAACCAGGCAAAUACCUCAUCAAACCCUACAAUCGCGGCAAUGGCAACUCCGCCGUCGGCCUGACGAACUCCACCUCCUCCCGUUACGUGGGAGUAGUCAACACUCCCAACUUCUACGGCACUAUCCUGGUCCGCUGGGGCGCCACCUCCUCCAACCUUCCCCAAAUCCACAAAUACCAAGACGCCUGCUCCGCGUUCCUCGUCCCCACCCCCGACGCAAUCGUCGGCCCCGCCGCCCCGCCGCUCCUCCAAUCCCUCAUACCAGUCUACAACGACUCCGCCCUCCCGGCCCCGAACGUUCUGAACCUCCUUGUGGCGUUCGAACCACCUAACCCCCCGCCUCAACUCGCUGCAGCUGGCAUCUCGGCUUGGAACCAUUCCUACACGCCACCUCCCAACGUCGACCUCGAUCUGGCGAAUGCCACCGCGCUCAGGCAGGCUCUAGCCACGACCAUCUUACCCUCCACCAACAAAGCGUUAAACAACAACUGGACCCUCCUCGCCCCCUCCACCCUCGGAAUCUACGGCGACGACUACGCACUUCGCGCCGCCGUCUCUUUAUCCGGCUAUCUAGCCCUCCGGGCUCCAUUCGCGAUAUACCCCACCUUCAACAACGUUUCCGCCUCCAACCCUGGGAACGCCGGCGUCAUCUUCCUCGAAGCAGACGAAGCAGUCCUCCUGACCUUCUCCGGAAAACCGCCUGUAGAUUCCCAAGCAGGCUUCUGGAGCCUCACGGCUUACGGCGGCGACCUAGGAAGUUAUCAUCUCGUGCCUAACGAGAGAGAUGUGUACGCGUUGGGGGACAGGAGUAACCUCACUUAUCCUAACGGCGGAAGAGUCUACGGAGGUAACAGCACGGGUGAAGAAUUCCAGAUCCUGCUCCAACCAGCCGAUGUCCCUCCACCAGCGAACUGGACGAGUAACUGGCUCCCCGCGCCCAGCGGAGGGGGGAACGUGGUACCGCAGCUGCGGUUCUAUGGGGCGGAAGAGCCGCUGGAGGAGGGGACGUACGUCUAUCCCAAGGUUGAGAAGAUUGGUGUGAUUACUGGACAAGGGGUCACAGUGCCUGCUACGGGGGCUGGGAGUAGUGUUGAUGUGGUGGGCGGGUCGGUGGUGGCGGCUGUGGUGUGUGUGUUGGCUUGCGUGGUGCUGCUUGGCUAG